AUGGGGACACGACGAAUGACCGAGCAUGGUGCUCCCUCGGCUGGCGCCUUGCGACGGAAAGGAAGCAAGGGCAAAGAUCCAUUCGAACGAAACGAUCUCAAGGCUAUUGACGAGAUGCAAGCAGUCGGGGUCACCACCGUGCCAGCUCGCACCAGCGGGCCGCAACGCAAGUCACGGCUACGGAAUCGUUCUGCCGCCGUCUCCGCGGGUGACACGGGAACAUCAGGCGGUUCGCAGGGCUCGGCCGUAGCGGGGACGCGCCUGGCAGGUGGAAGUAUUACCAGCAAUAGAAGCAGCCGCAAUCAUCAGGAUCAGAUUUCGGAGCAGGAUCUGGAGGGCGUGGAUCGGAGAGCAAUCUGCGAGGACAUCUUGACGGGGGGACACGUGCAAACGUUCGUCGACUUUUUCUACCUCACGCACAGACCAGCCCCUGUGCAAGAUGCCACGGAUCCAGGGGAAGGCUCGGCGGAGGUCAACGUCCCAAAGCGAGAGAUGCUUUUCAUCAGGGAUAACCUGGUCGCGGCGGAGAGUGCUCGACGGCGAGGAGACACCGCCGCCGUGUACAAGGCUUACAACAGCCUGGCGCAGUACUACCAAGAGAUGAACGACCCCAAGACCGGGGUGUACUUCCACGAGAAGUGCCUGGAAAUCAGCCGCCUGACCGCCGACAGGGGAGGCGAGAUGAGCGCGAACCACCGUCUCGGAGUCGCGUACGAGAAAAUGGGAGACGUGGUGGCGGCGACAAACUACCACGAGAGGCACCAGGAGCUGGCAACUGCGGUGGACAUCCCGGACGAACAAAAGGAAGCCAACAAGUCUCUCAUUAACGUGUACCGGAAGUUCGCGGAGGAGCGCGAGUCGGGGGGGCUCUACAAGGAGUCCAUCGAGUUCUGGGCCAAAAGCUUGGAGGCGGCGAGGUCGGCGGGGGACCAGGCCGCCCUGGGACAGGCAUGCUACCGCCUCGGCAAGGCUUACACGGAGCUCGAGGAUCCCACGAGAGCGGUAAACUACUUGGAAGACUUCCAGAGCAUAUCCACAGAGCUCGACGACCUCGAGGGGCAGGGGAAGGCGUAUGAAGCGCUAGCGGCCGUGCAUCAAAACCUGGGGGAUGACGACAAGGCGCUUUCUCUCCUCCAAAGCUACCUCGACGUCGCCAGCAAAACACAGAACUUAGGGGCUCAGGAGGCGGCGUGUAGCAACCUCGGCGUGUUGCACAGCAGGCGGAGGCAGCACGCCAAGGCCAAGGAUAUGUUCGAGCGGAACUUCGUCAUCAGCCGCAAGAUGGUCAACGCCCGCCAGGGGGGGGCGACGACAGCUCUCGUGGACAUGUCCCGGGCGUUCUUGGGGAUCGCCGCGGGUAACGAGAUGGCGGAAGACUACAUGAACGCGGUCGUCUCCGAUGUCGGUGCUCUGCUCGAUUGGAAGAGCAACCGGAUCAGGCCGUCCCCUGCAGCCAACAAACGAAUGUGACGGCGGCAAGGCUGUAGGGUGUAUGUAUGUGUGUGUGUGGCUCAACUGGAAAGAUGAGAGCUGGUCAGCUUUUCGCACUGCUGUGGUGGCCGUUUGUCAGUCGAAUACUAAAUGCUGCUCACCGGUCGGUGUGUUUAUUCCUGACUCCUUCGGGUUGCAGUGUCGGUUGGUUUGCUUCGCUUCUUCUCUUGGUUGGAGGUUAGUUUGUCUUCGCUUCUUCUUUUUAGUCGGGAGGUUAGUUUGUCGACAACUUUGGUCAGUUUGUCUGGAUUUAAUUUGUUCAUGCUUGCCUUUUUGGUCGUCACGGACAACCUUGUGCGAGAUUCACCGUCCAAAAUGGGAGGAAGAUAAAACUCCACUCCAAUACCGUCAUCCACGCACUACGCAUUAUUUGUCGGCGGUGUUUGGAAGCACGAAUGCUAGGAGUUGGUAGCCAAAUCGACGACUGACCACACACAUCGUCUGCAAGAAUACGUUGAUUUCGGUGACCAGAGACGGGGGACCCCUUAGGGGUAAAAAACGCAAAUACUUUGGGGAGCGGCGCAAUCGACAACGAGUGGCAACAUCAACGGUUGCUGCGCCGUGAAAAACGCGAAAAAGGUAGUGGCUCCCUCGCGUUCGUUCAAGCGACGACUCCGGCCUUCAUCCGAGCACACACGUUGAGCGCGUGUGUCUUGGUUAUACCCACAAGUCCGGGACCAACGUCUCCACGUUGAAAUCACGUCACGUUAAACAGAGGUCUCCAUGUCCUUUUCACCAGUAGACUAGUAGUGACAGGCAGGAUCACCCCCUCCGCGUAAAAAAUUCAUUCAUUUAAUGGUUUGUUACUCCUCCGGCGAAGCGCAGAAACUCAAGCACUUUGUAGACAACGCGUGAGUGCCUGACGACGAGGCAGGAACGAACACCCUACCCCUGUUCUCCUCAAGCCGGCAACCUCCAGCGCAACUCAUCUUAUCCGCGUAAACUAGCAGUGGUAAUAUGGCAAAAAUGAUUGCAACACAGAUAUAGCGGAGGAGCCAGUCACCGCAAGGGACAACGCCUGCGAGUUAAGGCAGCGGGGAGAUUCCGUUCCGAAAACCGUUCUUCGUUUUGUUCCCCGGUUUUGAUUUUCGUGUCCGUGCUGAUAUACACCCGAACCCAACACCCAAGCAACGUCAAACGGACACCGAGCGGUCGUACAGGGUGAGCAGAACCCCUCCCCCCUUCCCGCCCCCGUCCGCUGCGACCACCAUCAAGCAUUUCGGCAUCUCACGAAAUGAAUUUUCUCAUUGGAGGGUCUGGGACCAAAUGUACAUUACAUCUUGCCUCUUGUCCCUCUAGGUGCCCACUCGAGAGUGGGAAA